CCCCCAGAGAGGGCGGGGAGAUGACACAGUUGUUCCCCCAGCCCUGCGGGGCGGGCAGCACGGUUCACUCCAGCAUGGGGGCUCCAGAAAUAAGAAUGUCUAAGCCCCUGGAGGCCGAGAAGCAAGGUCUGGACUCCCCGGCAGAGCACACAGACACUGAAAGAAAUGGACCAGACACUAACCAUCAGAACCCUCAGAAUAAGACCUCCCCAUUCUCCGUGUCCCCAACUGGCCCCAGCACCAAGAUCAAGGCUGAAGACCCCAGUGGCGACUCAGCCCCCGCAGCACCCCCGCCCCCCCAGCCAGCCCAGCCGCAUCUGCCCCAGGCCCAACUCAUGUUGACAGGCAGCCAGCUAGCCGGGCUCACGGCGCUGAUGCCGGCUCAGCAGCAGCUCCUCCUGCAGCAAGCCCAGGCCCAGCUCCUGGCCGCAGCCGUGCAGCAGUCCAAUGCCGCCGCGGCCGCUGCCGCCGCCUCCUCCACCUCCUCCUCCUCUUCCUCCUCCUCCUCCUCUGCCUCCUCCUCGACCUCGCAGCCCCCGGCCUCCUCUGGGGGAGGCGACCUGCCGCCACCACAGCCUGCCAGCCAGCCCCCCGGGACCCCACAGCUCACCCUGUCCCAGCCCAUCCAGCUCACAGCACAGGACAUACAGCAGCUCCUCCAGCUUCAGCAGCUGGUGCUUGUGCCGGGUCACCACCUCCAGCCACCCGCUCAGUUCCUGCUGCCGCAGGCCCAGCAGAGUCAGCCAGGCCUGCUACCGACGCCAAAUCUCUUCCAGCUACCUCAGCAAACCCAGGGAGCUCUUCUGACCUCCCAGCCCCGGGCCGGGCUGCCCACGCAGGCCGUGACCCGCCCCACGCUGCCCGACCCGCACCUCUCGCACCCGCAGCCCCCCAAAUGCUUGGAGCCACCAUCCCACCCCGAGGAGCCCAGUGACCUGGAGGAGCUGGAGCAGUUCGCCCGCACCUUCAAGCAGCGCCGCAUCAAGCUGGGCUUCACGCAGGGUGACGUGGGCCUGGCCAUGGGCAAGCUCUACGGCAACGACUUUAGCCAGACGACCAUCUCCCGUUUCGAGGCCCUCAACCUGAGCUUCAAGAACAUGUGCAAACUCAAGCCCCUCCUGGAGAAGUGGCUCAAUGACGCAGAGACUAUGUCUGUGGACUCAAGUCUGCCCAGUCCCAACCAGCUGAGCAGCCCCAGCCUGGGUUUCGACGGGCUCCCCGGCCGGAGACGCAAGAAGAGGACCAGCAUUGAGACAAACGUCCGCUUCGCCUUAGAGAAGAGUUUUCUAGCGAACCAGAAGCCUACCUCAGAGGAGAUCCUGCUGAUCGCGGAGCAGCUGCACAUGGAGAAGGAGGUGAUCCGCGUCUGGUUCUGCAACCGGCGCCAGAAGGAAAAACGCAUCAACCCCUGCAGCGCAGCCCCCAUGUUGCCCAGCCCGGGGAAGCCGGCCAGCUACAGCCCCCAUCUGGUCACACCCCAAGGGGGCGCCGGGACCUUGCCAUUGUCCCAAGCUUCCAGCAGUCUGAGCACAACAGUUACUACCUUAUCCUCAGCUGUGGGGACGCUCCACCCCAGCCGGACAGCCGGAGGGGGUGGGGGCGGGGGCGGGGCCGCGCCCCCCCUCAAUUCCAUCCCCUCUGUCACUCCCCCACCCCCGGCCACCACCAACAGCACAAAUCCCAGCCCUCAAGGCAGCCACUCGGCUAUCGGCUUGUCGGGCCUGAACCCCAGCACGGGAAGCACAAUGGUGGGGUUGAGCUCCGGGCUGAGUCCAGCCCUCAUGAGCAACAACCCUUUGGCCACUAUCCAAGCCCUGGCCUCUGGUGGAACCCUGCCCCUUACCAGCCUUGACGGCAGCGGGAACCUGGUGCUGGGGGCGGCCGGCGCGGCCCCGGGGAGCCCCGGCCUGGUGACCUCGCCGCUCUUCUUGAACCACGCUGGGCUGCCCCUGCUCAGCGCCCCGCCUGGCGUGGGCCUGGUCUCGGCAGCGGCUGCGGCCGUGGCAGCCUCCAUCUCCAGCAAGUCUCCAGGCCUCUCCUCGUCCUCCUCCUCGUCCUCGUCCUCCUCCUCCACUUGCAGUGAGGCGGCAGCACAGACCCCUGGAGGCCCUGGGGGCCCCGAGGCAGGGUCCAAGCCCGAGUGAGGGCCCACCUUGCCUCCCCUCCUACUCCUCUGACCCCCACCUCAGUCCCCCGCCUGGGAAGAGGGCGAGGAGGCCAGCAGUGGUGGGGCGGAGGGUCCUUGGACAGGAGUGACAAGGGAGGAAAGACCAAAAACAAAAACAAAAAAACCCCAACUAACCAAAAAAAAAACAACAAAAAAAAAACAAAAAAAAAAAAACCCAAACAAAACACACACACAAAAAGAAAGAAGGAAAGAAAAUGAAAGAAACCAACCAACAAAAAAGAAACCAAAAAUAAUCACAACAGAAACCAGCUGCCCCAAAGGAACCAGAGGUGAAAAACAAAAACCAAAACCAAAAAUCCCCCAACAAAACCAAACCAAAAACCAGUUGCGAGCCAGACCUCAGUGUGCUCACCCUCACCGCUACGACACCAAAUACGAACCCCAGCCAGGGGCAGAGAAGCCUCUGCAGGGAGGACCUCGCGCCGAGCCUCUGGCUGUGGGGCCAACCCCCAACGUUGCCUCCCCCAGUGGGGGCCAGAGAAGGCAAAAGAGAAUGUGCCAGCCUCCAGCCCCAGCCCCCAGCCCCGGGCCAGUGAAGACGGGGCACAGCCUGGGGCCGAUGGGGUGGGCCCAGAACCACCCGCCAAAUGUUCUUUUCCAGAAGGUGAAAGAGAAAGGGCCUGAACAACCUUACACCAAAUAUUCAGUAGCUUCAUCCAAAGGAUGUACAGAAUUUUUAGCGUUGCGCUCAACAGAAUGUGUCCCUACCAUGUGUCCCCCUUUUCCCUCGACCCCCAACUCUCCCCACCUGGGCAGGGGGUCUCGCUUUAACCUCCUCCCCUCCCCCAGCCAGGGGAGAGUUCAGGGGCAGGCCUGGGAUGACUUUUCAGCCCUUGUACCUCCCCCCUUUUCCCUUUGAAGGGUGGGCUAGGCUGUUUUGCGAAGUUCUAGCUCUCACAUGUCCCCCCUCAACUCUGUCACCCUCCUCUGCUCUGGAAUCUACCCCCCUCCCCAGCCCAGGGGAAGGUGGAAGCUUCAGGCAAGAGGGGAUGAGGUGAGGGCAUUCAAGUUGUCUUUUUUUCCAUCCUCGUCUGUCAGUUUCCCUGAAAAAAAAAAAAAUUCAUAUUCCAGUGCCUAUCCGUGGGAUCCUUCACGUUCUUUGACAUUGACCAGAAACCAAAAAGAGAACUCACCUCGCUCUUCCCACCCUGUGCCCCUCUGAUACUGGCAGAUGCCUCUUCCUCUCCUCCCCCCCCCAACACAUAUAUACACGCACGCACCCCAGUGGUGGGGUUCCUCGAGGUGGCAUCCCCAUCAGGGUCCAUGUGGCGGGGACAGUGCCAUGAUCUGUGGUCCCCAUCCGAGAGGGCGCUGUGGUGGCCACCACUCCCACAAGACUUCCCUCGAGUGUUGGCUGGACCCGUUUGCCCAGCCCUGGACACAUCUCGACGGACAGAGGAGAGACAUCGCUGGGAGCCACUUUUGCCCUCCUGCUAUUGUGGAGGCCAACAAAGUUUUGAACCAAAAAAAAAAAAAAACAAAAAACAAAAAAAACCAAACAAACAAUAAAUUAAAACUAGAAAAAAAAAGAAUUUAUAGAUAUAUAUAUAUUUAAGGGAAAGAAGACGAGGACUCUUCAAGAAUAAGAAGGAGCCGCGAGGUGGAACCAAGUCCCUGCACCAGUGGUCCAGGCCCUUGGUCCCCAAGGCGGAUGGAAGGACAGACGCUUCUUUCUCUUCACAAAUACCUCAUGGACGUCGUCUUCGGGAAAGCCGGAGGGGGAGGCUGGGGCAGGGCCUGUCCCUCAGCCAGGGCGGAUGGAAGCGGGUGGGCAGGGCUGAGAGAGGGCGGUCAGGGACAGGGGUGAAGAGCCCCAAGCUCCCUGCCCCCCAAUCAACUGAAAAAGCUUUAAAAAAAAAAAAAAAACAGGAAGAAAGGAAUGAGAAAGCAAAAAGAAUGGACGAAGGAAAACGAACAAACUUUCGGGCGGUUUGAUUCCUCCUUUGAUUUCUUUUUCUGUUCUCUUCAGUCUGUUCUCUCUCUGCUUCCCUCUCUCCCUCUUCCUUCGCUUCCCUCUCACCCCUCUCAAUCCCCACCUUGCUGUGUCUCUCCUCAAACCAAAGUGUUGCUGUGAAGGACGCGAGCCAUGGAAAUCAGAGGCCUGGCCCCCGCCGGGCAGCGCACACGGGAGCCAGAGGGUGCCGCUGGACACUCGGAGGAGAGGCGGACGCCGCCCUGGGCCCCGAGGCCUCAGCGUUCUCCCUUUCUUUCUUGUCUCCCUUCUCCCACCCGGGAGAUGAAACUGUUGGGCUGGGCCACGGAGACGGCAGAGACUCGGCUGUUUCGGGGGUCUCGGGGUGCCUUGUCUGGGCAGCGGCGGAGUGGCCGCCCCUCCCGCCCUGGCACCGCCUGGCCUGGCGUGCCAUCGACCCGUCCUCGCCGGAAUGUAAACUUCUCCGCUGAACCGACUCCCUGCCCUUACCCUACCUCUGAGUGUGUCCAUUUUUAUUUCCUGAAGAGAAGGGACUGGCGAGAGGGCCUGGGCCCCAGCCCAAGGGUGGAGAGGGGGGCCAAGGGCUCCUGAACAGAUAGGAAGGACAUUUGAGCAGAGCAAAGUGAAAGGAAUUACGACCAAAAACCCCUCCGAGAAGACAGGCAGCAUGGAAGGCAUGGUGGAGAUGACUCAGACAAAAACUAUGAUUCUAGACCAAAAAAACAAAAACAAAAACAAAAAACACACAAAAAAAAAAAAACCAAAAAAAAAAAAAAAAGAAAAAGAAAAAAAAAAAAAAGGAAAGAAAAUCCAGGACUCACCACCACCCACUUCAUCCUGCUUCCUCCCCAUCAAGUCCUGCCACCUGGGACCUCUCCCCCACCCCGAUGUGGGGGGAGUGGGGCAGAGAGGAGAGGAGGAAGCAGGGGGCAGGGAUGGGGCCGAUGCCCUGACACUGGUGGAGGGACCCCUGUGCAGCCGGGGGUGGUGGGGACCCUCCCCAUCCAACCCCCAUAACUGGGAAAAGAAACACAAGAAAAAAAGAAAAUUCCUGGGAGGGGAAAAAUAACCAAAUCCCAAGCUUUAACUACAGCUGUGAAACCAAAUAUUGGGAAGGGGGUGGGAGGGAGGGAGGGGCAAGUGUGCCCCAGGUCUCCCCCCUGGGCCCCCCUCCCCCGAGGACUCGAGAUAAGGCACCAAAUACCUCAUAGAACUUUAAUGUUAAAAAAAGGAAACCAAAUAUCGUUGGCUGGGGGCCAGCCAGGGCAAGGGGCUGGGGGGCUGGAGAGAGCCAGGGUUGGGAAGGUAAUGGGGGAAUUCAUGCCCCCCACCCCGCUCUGCCCCUUCCACUCCAGUACCCCCUGUCUCGACUCCGGGAAACAAAACUAUCUCAUCGUUUUUAUUUUGUGGUCUGUACAGAGCCUGUGUCCGUGUGUCUGUGUGUGAGCGAGAGAGUUGGGGGGUUGGGGGACUUUAUGUGGAGGAUGGGGAGGGAGACCCCAAACCAGGCUCUGGGCUAGGUGAGAUGUCUGAGGUGGGGGGCCAGGGGCCUGGGCUAGAAAGAGAGGAAGAUGAGUGGAUUGGAGAAAGGGGGAGCCUUCUGAAUUUCUCUUCUCCCCAGCCCUGACCUCCUACUUGAGGGAGGGACAGAGAAUGGGUCUACCCUAAUGGUGGGCCUUUUGUGCCAAAAAAAAAAAGAAAGAAAAAAAAGAAA